GGAGGAGCCAGGGACGGGGUUUGGGGUGUUUGGGACCUCAUUCUCCCCACUUGUAGGGAAACCUCUCUACCUUCAGACGUAAUUGGAUUGGAAGGAGGAAAGCUGACCGAGGGAUAGGAAGAAGCCACCCUCCCGCUGCUCCUCCUCCUGUUGUUUAUCACUUGCCUCCUGACUCUCUUCCAAAGCAAGCUCAGCUGGGCCAAGGUGGCCGCAGAACAUCCAGACAAGGGCCAGCGCCUACCUAGCUGCCCUGUGCAUUCCGGGCUACCCCAUUAGCUGCUCACCACCCAGGCCACUGGGACCGCUUCUGAUGGCUGUGGCCUCCGCUGCCCCAGGGAGCAUCUUCUGUAAGCAGCUCCUUUUCUCUCUCCUGGUUCUGUUAUUAUUUUGUGAUGCUUCUCAGAAAAUUGUUUUAGACAUUCCUGCUGAUAUUCCAGCUAAUGAAGUAGUCACCAAAGUGGAUCUGAAGAAGUAUGCCAAGCCCAAUGCCAAAAUCUCUGCGAGCAGUGCUGACCCACAUGACUUUAAAGUUGAAGAAGAUGGCACAAUUUAUGCACAGCGUGACCUCCAUUUGUCUUCUACAACACGUUUUACCAUUUCAAUCGCAAAUGCACAGGAACUAAAAAUAGCCGAGGUUGUACUGGAACCAUCUACAAAAAAGACUCCUAAGAGGAAACAUCCCAAAAGUACAUCCCUCAGGCGCAGCAAGAGAAGAUGGGCUCCUAUUCCCUGUUCAUUGAUGGAGAACUCGUUAGGUCCAUUCCCACAACAUGUUCAACAGAUUCAGUCUGAUGCUGCACAGAAUUACACUGUCUUUUACUCCAUAAGUGGGCCAGGAGUGGACAAAGAGCCCUUCAACCUGUUCUACAUAGAGAAAGACUCUGGAGAUAUUUAUUGUACAAGAAGCAUUGACCGUGAGCAGUAUGAUCAGUUCAUGAUAUAUGGCUAUGUAACAACUGCAGAUGGCUACGCACCAGAUUACCCACUCCCCUUGUUAUUCAAAGUCGAAGAUGAUAAUGAUAAUGCCCCGUAUUUUGAAACCAGAAUGACAGUUUUCAGCGUGCCUGAAAAUUGCAGAACUGGCACUUCUGUGGGCAAAGUGAUUGCUACAGACCUUGACGAACCUGACACCCUACAUACUCGUCUGAAAUAUAAAAUCUUGCAACAAAUCCCAGAUCAUCCAAAGCAUUUCACUAUACAUCCAGACACAGGUGUCAUUACAACAACUACUCCUUUACUGGACAGAGAGAAAUGUGAUACUUACCAGUUAAUAAUGGAGGUGCGAGACAUGGGGGGCCAACCUUUUGGCUUGUUUACUACCGGAACAAUUACUAUUUCACUUGAAGAUGAAAAUGACAAUUCACCAUAUUUCACACAAACUUCUUAUUUUACUGAAGUAGAAGAAAACAGAAUAGAUGUUGUGAUUUUACGGAUGGCCGUACAGGACCAAGAUUUAGCAAACACUCCUCACUCAAAGGCUGUAUACACGAUCCUACAGGGAAAUGAAAAUGGUAACUUCAAAAUUAGCACAGAUCCCAAAACAAAUGAAGGAGUCUUAUGUGUUGUCAAGCCGUUGAACUAUGAACUCAAUCACCAAAUCAUUUUGCAAAUUGGUGUACUUAAUGAAGCGCAGUUCUCUAAAGCAGCAAACUCACCACUUCCUACAAUGUGUACUACAACCGUCACUGUUAAAAUUAAGGACAGUGAUGAGGGGCCUGAAUGUCAGCCACCAGUAAAAGUUAUUCAGAGUAAAGAUGGCCUCCCAGCUGGCAAAGAACUCCUUGGCUAUAAAGCACUGGACCCAGAUGCACGCAGUGGUCAAGGCUUAAGGUAUAAGAUGGUAAAAGAUGAAGAUAACUGGUUUCACAUUGAUGAAAACACCGGAAAUUUGAAAACUGUAAAAGUACUAGAUAGAGAAUCAAAAUUUGUAAAAAACAACCAGUACAAUGUCUCAGUAGUGGCAGUGGAUGCGGUUGGCCGAUCCUGCACAGGAACACUAGUAGUUUUCUUGGAAGAUUACAAUGAUCAUCCACCACAAAUUGAUAAAGAUGUGACCAUUUGCCAGCACAAUCAAGAUUAUGCUGUUCUGGAACCGGUAGAUCCAGAUGGGCCUGAAAAUGGUCCACCUUUUCAAUUCCUUCUGGAUCAUUCUGCCAGCAAACUUUGGACCGUAGAAUCCAAGGAUGGUAAACGUGCCAUUCUUCGUGGACGGCAGCAUCUCGAGAAUAACUAUUAUUCUGUGCCUAUCCAAAUACAAGACAGACAUGGUAUUUCUGCAAAACACAUUUUAUCAGUGAGAGUAUGUGACUGUACAGCUCCAUCUGAAUGUAGAAUGAGUGUUAAAGAUGAAAGGGACGUUAAAGUGCAAGGCUCAAACGUAAUUCUUGGAAAGUGGGCGAUUCUUGCCAUGAUUCUGGGUUCUGCAUUGUUACUAUGCAUAAUGUUUACAUGUUUCUGUGUUACUGCUAAGACGACAGUGAAGAAAUGUUUUCCAGAGGAUGUGGCCCAGCAAAACUUAAUUGUGUCCAACACGGAAGGACCCGGAGAAGAAGUAACGGAAGCAAAUAUUAGACUCCCUUUGCAGACAUCCAAUAUUUGUGACACAAGCCUGUCUGUUGGUACUCUUGGUGGCCAGGGCAUUAAAAGACAGCAAAGUUUUGAGAUGGCGAAAGGAGGUUACACUUUGGAUUCCAGCAAAGGAGGUGGCCAUCAAACCUUGGAGUCCACAAAGGGAGUGACAGAUGCCGGCAGAUACACCUACACCGACUGGCAGAGCUUCACCCAACCUCGGCUUGGCGAAAAGGUGUACCUGUGUGGACAAGACGAGGAACAUAAGCAUUCGGAAGACUACGUUCGUUCAUACAACUAUGAAGGCAAAGGGUCUGUGGCGGGCUCAGUGGGCUGCUGCAGCGACCGGCAGGAGGAGGAAGGGCUGGAGUUUCUAGACCACCUGGAACCCAAAUUUAGGACGUUAGCAAAGACAUGUGUGAAGAAAUAGAUGUGCCUUUUAGUAGAGUAACAUCUACAAAUGCGUGUGUAGGAGUCUAUUGAAUACAAAAGGGUAGCAGCAUCUGCUAAUGAUUCUGUGCAGUGGAGGGAACCGUGUUUAUUAUUGUAACUAUGAGACUCCCCCAAGUUCUCCAUGUCUAUCAGAACUUUCAUAUUCUGUAGAAGCAAAAGCUGCAUUGCUAUUGCCCUUCGUAUGCUUGUAUAUACUGCACUGCCCUUUGAGGACUGCACAAUGUGCGUGCUUGCACCUUUUAUGUGUUUGAAAACGCCUGCUACCUUGUGCGCUAUAUAGACUAUGUGGGAAGGUUGGGUAUUGUGGAGGCUAUUCCGAGUGAAUUUUCAUUUUAGAUGCACAAAUUAAAUUUUUUUCUUCAAAAUCUUGGGGAAAAUUAUGAUUUGGGGCUUAUUUUCUUUAGUGCCAGAGAAUUGCUGUCUUCCUGCCUGAAGGAUGUAUAUGUAUUCUUAGGUGCAGCCUUCUGUUUGGUAAAUGAGUUCAUUUCUUACUACACCUUUCACUCCUCAGAGAGGUGCUCCCAGGACUUGCUUCUGCCAGGAUCCUGCAUAGCUUAGUCCUGAGAUUGUGGCCCAGGUGACUGUGUUAUCUGGUGCCUACAGCUUCAGGAACUGUAGGAAAGACACAGACCAGCAGCUUGGGCUGCACAGACUUGUUAAGGUUUAUGUGAAAGAAUUGCAACCCUGAUGCCCAUGAAUUGACUUAAGCUCAAAAAUAUGUUUCAACCAGGUUUGGUGGCACACACCUGUGAUCCCUGCACUCAGGGGGCUGAAUCAGGAGGAUUGCCAUGAGUUUGAGGCCAACCUGGGCUACAUAGUGAGUUCAAGGCCAGCCUGGACUGCAUAAGGAGACCCUGUUUCAAUCCCUACCCCCAAAUGUUCCAAAUGUUUAGUGUGUCUAACAUGAUGUACUAGUAAGUCUUUAAAAAUAUAAAUACUUUGGCAAACCUGUUUAGCUGCUAGUUGGACCCAGACCUGCCAUCUCAGUGGCUUUCAUCCUGUACCUUCAAGAAUCUGUACAACCAGCCCUGAAGGCGUUAGGCUGCAAUUCUGACACAGAAGGCUUGGAACUUUAUAUAUGACAAAAAUUUAGUUCACUUUUAUCUUAGAAAUUAAUACUCAGUCUAUAUUGGUAAUUACUCUCUUAAAAUGGAAAAUUAGAAAUAGUGUCUAGCAUGUACAUGAAUAUAUUAAAAAAUUAAAACCUAUUACAGAAACGUGACCAAGCAUUCAUUGAAUGUUGGAUAAAGGAACACAUACAAGAGUAGGUAAAUUAUUUUGAAGGCAUACAAUUCUAAUGGGAUAUUAUAAGUUAUUAAUCUGGAAAGAAACUAUAUAUUGAAGUAAUCUUGCAUUAGUCAUUGUGACAAAUUCUGUAAAGCUAUGCAGGAGAACCAUAUAUUAUGUGGAAAUUUCUCACCUAAAUUGUUUUGUUUAAUCUAUUAACUAGCUCUCCUUAAAAAAUCAAGUCUUUUUUCUUGCAAAUUUUUUGACUAGUCUUACUCUCAGUUACAUUUUCUAAGCGAAGGUGAGUCUUGAUAUGAAUCUGAAUAUUGGAGCAAGAGAAAAAUAUAGCUUUAAUAAGCCAGAUUUGGUUUUACAAGAUGUCCACCACAUAUGAGUUUUGCAGCCAUUGUAAGGUAAUGGGGAAAUUUGUAUUGUUUGAUAUACACGUUACUUUGACAGUGAUAGGAGUUUUGAAAUUUAAAAUAUAAUAUUACAAAUUUGGAAAUAUACCAUAGUACCAUAAAUUAUAUUUUUGAAUGUAGGUAUAGAUGUUCUAUGAGUAAUUAAAAUUAUUAGUGGAAGGUUAACUUAUAUGUGUUUGUCUUCCUAUUUCUCUUUGACUUGCCUAAAUUUGGAAGAGAAAAUUUGUAUCUGAGUAUAAAGUCUAUGUAAUAGCCUUAGGUAGAUUUCUCAGUCAGCAACAGAUGAUGUUCUGAAGGAUUUUUAGGAUGUGGAAAAUGAAUUUGUAUUAAGCAGUGUGGCUAUUUAAAAUAUUUUAAAGUUUUGUUAAAAUUUAUCUCACAAAGAAACUGUUGAUUAAUUAACUGUUGAUUAAUUUCUUUAGGCAGCUCAAAGUCAUUUUCUGUUUAGACUCACAAUUACAUGAUAACUGGAUAUUUGAUGAAAUUUGUGAAGCUCCAUCAGACUGUUUACAAAUUUAGUUUGUUAAUAAAAUACUAUAUUUCAUAUAAA